CUCUGAUGACAUCAUAUUUCAGUGACGUCAGUUUUUAGCUCUUUGUUGUUACCCUGCCCUGAACUAUAACGCGUUAGUAAAGUUGCAGGGACUGCAGUAGUUGUAAGUUUUCUUCCGUUUAAACUCGAUUAAGUGGCUUUGGGUCACACCUCGGAUCUCUGUGCUGAGCUGGUCCUCGGAGCGGCUGCUUCCCGCCUGCUGAUGGCUAAUGACAGGCUGAGAGCGCUGGAGGAUGUGGAGAAGGAGAUAGCGAUGGUGCUGCAGUGUGCCGGUAACAUUGUUCUUGAACUCUCCAAAGAUAAACACAAUGCCAGCUUCAUGGACAGACAGCUCAUCCAGUUCCAGAACUCAGUCAGCCGAGUGGAGAACGAACUAAGUGGGCAGAUCCGCUACCUCACACAGGUAGCGACUGGUCAGCCACAUGAAGGUUCUACCUAUUCAGCCAGGAAGGACUGUCAGAUGGCACUGAACCGAGCCGAGUAUGCCAAGGUCAAACUGGGAGAACUGGGACGCACCUGUGAAGUCAUGCUGGAGCAGCAGCAGCAGCAGCAGACAUGAGAGUCAGCCGGUUGCUGGGAUUGAGAUCAUUGUGCUUGGACUGGCACAGCACUUUCAGAUACCUAAUGCAACGGCACUUCUCCGUAUUCCCCACGUGUGUCACAGCCAUUCUCACUUUUAUUAAAAUGCUGACGUGUCUCAACAAAUGUAAACAAAAACUCAAGGAAAGAAAAAAGUGUUUUUGUACUGGGGCCUGUGUAUGUUGUGUUUCUGAUUUUGUCAUCAGUUUAAGGAGCAGGUCAUAUGUAGAAACUGUCGAUACUUUUAAUAAAACAACGAAUCAUUGUU